AUGGCUUCCAAACAAAGGCCUGUGGUGACUGAAGGUGAAGUCAAAGCCUUCAGCAAACACAUGGAUAACUAUAGCCCUUGGCAGCUGAUGAAGCUGAGCGAGCACUUCCAGCCCGACAUGGUCUAUGUCAUAGAGAACGACAUUCCCAUUGUGCUGCAGGAACUCACCAGCAGACGCAUCAUCACUGCUCAGCAGGCCCAGGAUUACAGUGACUGGGAGAAGAACCAUGACUCAACUAAUGCCGCAGAGAAGCUAGUGCAUGAUAUUUUCACUGUGAGCUCUGCCGCGAGGCUGGGUCUCUGGGAGUGUCUGUUUGCUCUGCAGAGCAAGUGGGCUCACCCCAAUCUCCAUGGGAUGCUGGAUGAAAUAAUUCAGAAUGGUCACAAUCUGUUACAAGAAAUUCUCCUGAAUGAAUCGGGACACACCCUUGACCCAGAACUGAAAGCUUGUCAGGUAGAGCACAAAGCCAAAUUCCGUGAUCUCACAGAGAGGAUGAAGGAAAACAAGACCCCAGGGCAAUCUGAAGGGCAGACUUUCCCCAUCACUAACCGCUAUGUGGAGCUCAAGGUCAUCUCAGACCAUCAGUUCAAGAAGCAGACACACCAGGAGCACGAGGCCCUAGCAGCAGCUGGGGAGCUGAAUGAAUAUCGCCUCCAGAGGAGAAUAAAGGGUGAGCUGGAGCGCAUUGCCCCUAACCGACUCUUCCGCUGGUGCUUUCGAUCCCACCGUCUCCCCCUGUCUGUGAUAGUGAGCGGAGUAGCCGGCGUGGGCAAGACAACCCUGGCGCAGAAGUUCAUCUUUGACUGGGCAAUGGGGAAGCACUACCAGAAAUUUGCCUUUGUUUUCUUCUUCAAGUUCCGGGAUGUGAAUGAGGAAAAGAUGAGUCUAGAAUUUCUGCUCUGUCAAACAUAUCCACACCUCCGGGACAAGCUCCCAAGAGUCCUGGAAGAUCCUGAAAAGCUGCUUUUCAUCUUUGAUGGCUUGGAUGAGAGCAAGACAGAUUUGAAAUUAAGGAGAGGAGAAACCCAUGAGCUGUGUAUGACUCCAGGGGAUGUGAAGCCAAUUACUGUGAUUGUCGCCAGCUUGCUGAAACAGACUCUGCUGAAGGGAUAUUCUGUGCUGCUCACCAGCCGCCCCAGCAAGUUGAGCAGUUUGGAGGCUGGAGUCUUCCACAGAGUGGCCAGUAUCGUGGGCUUCCUCUCCAAGGAAAGGGAAAGAUACUUUUCCAUGUUCUUUGGAGAUGAGCGAGUCUCCAGAGAGGCCUUUGCGUAUGUGAGGGACAGUCAGGUUCUGUACACGUUGUGCUACAAUCCGUCUUACUGCUGGAUCACAUGCACGGCCCUGAAACCCUGCUUCACUGCCAAGGCAGGGAGACCACAGCCUACACCCAAAACAGUGACCCAGCUCUUUGUCAGCUACGUCACCCAUAUUAUGGCCAAUCACACACAGGAGCGGCCAGAGCCUCAGAGGAUGCGAGAUACAUUGAUAAGUGUUGGAUGGUUGGCUGAAUAUGGCCUCACAGAUCGCACACUUGUCUUUCAGCCGCAUCACUUACAUGUUGCCAAUGUGGAGUUUUCUCCAUUCCUCACUGGCUUCUUGGUGGAGAACCCUCAAAGCUCUUCCCAGGUGACCUACUCCUUCCUUCACCUCACCAUCCAGGAGUUCUUUGCUGCCCUCGUGCAUUACCUAGAUUAUAAGGAGGACAAGUUCAGAGACACAAUGGCUAAAUCCAGGUCCUGUAAGGAAGGUGACUAUGAGAUCUCUCGCUUCCUGGCUGGGCUUUCCCAUCCUGCAACCAGGAGGUCCCUGGAGGAAUACGUGGGGAAGUUCUCUGCCGAGGCAACUCACAAAGUUAUUGGGUGGCUCGGUGAGAUGAACUAUGAGGAGCUGCAGAGAAGAGACGAUCCUGAAGGGAAGAGGAGACUGAUUAAUGUAUUGAAUUUGCUGUUUGAAUCCCGGAACAAACAACUUGUGUGUGAUGUGGUGGGUAAAGAUACCCACUUGGACUUCUCAGAGUUAUACCUCAUGCCGGUGGAUUGCACGGUCCUUUCUUAUGUUCUGAGUUGCUGUGAAGAAAUACAGCACCUAACCCUAGAUUCCUGCUUCAUCCAGAACGAGGGCCUGGAACGACUCAGAGCUGAGCUGCACAAAGUCAGAGAACUGAGCCUCUCAGACAACGAUUUGAAGGAUGAGGCAAUGAAGAAUAUUUGCUCUGUACUAAAGCAUCCAAACUGUAGGCUAGAAGACCUGAG